UCCGCUCCACGCAGGAUUCGCUGAAGCUUUUUAUUCUCACACUGUAAAUUUUCCACUAACGACUCGCUGGAUUAGACCGAGUCUCUUAUUUCUAACAAGACACUGACAACAGUGUAUUGAGAUUCAGCACAUUCCCAAUCGUCCUUCUUCUUCGUAACGUGAUUUUAUUUGCACAAUCCUGUUUUGGUCACUUUUUCCUCUGUAUUCCGGCUGGAUUUACAAAGGGCGUGUUUGGGACGAUCUGCACCGGAGUUUCAUCUCCUGUACUGAGCUUCUGAGGAAUGACAGCCACCGGGAAUCGUUCCGCCUGAAUGGAAACAAUGGAUUAUAAAGAGCUCGGACAUCAUUUCGAGGAGAAGCUGACCCUAACAGAUAAAUCUCUCCCUCUGCAGACGGGCUCGCAGUCCAUCCAGAAUGGGGACACGUCUUUGGGGAAGGACACUCCGAUCUCAGACGACUCAGCCGUCACGGACCUCUCCCCCAAAACCGAGUCCAGCCCCAUGACAGAGACCCCCACCAGGACAGAUGCAUCCUCCAAGACGGAUGUGAGGCCUUCCACCCCGGGCAGCAGCCCUCAGCCCAAGAAAGAUUUGAUCAGCUCAGAGCAACGGCAGAAACUUGCCAAGGAGCGGAGGGAGGAGAGAGCCAGAUAUAUCGAACAGCAAACUCAGCUGCAAGCAGCGAAGAAGGCCCAGUGGCUGGAGAAGGAGGAGAAGGCCCGACGUCUGCGGGAGAGCCAGCUGGAGGGCCGCAGGAGGAAGCUGGAGGAGCAGCGGCUGAAGGCUGAGAAACGCCGAUCUCUGCUGGAGGAAAAACAGAGACAGAAGCUAGAAAAGAAUAAGGAGAGAUAUGAGUCAGCUAUCAAAAGGUCAACAAAGAAGACGUGGGCCGAGAUCCGCCAGCAGAGGUGGUCCUGGGCGGGUGGACUCAACCAGACAUCCCGCAGAGAAAGCAGAUGCUCGGCCUCCACGGUCAACUUGCCGAGACAGGUGGACCCUGUCAUUAACAACAGGCUGUCCAAGUCCUCUGCCACGCUCUGGAACUCCCCCAACAGAACCCGCAGCCUGCGCCUGAGUCCCUGGGAGAGCCGCAUCGUGGAGCGCCUCAUGACGCCGACGCUGUCCUUCCUGGCCCGCAGUCGAAGCGCCGCCACCCUCCUCAACAACAGCGACUCGUUCUCCACCAGCCCGCUGAAUGCCGGCUCCCAUCACCACCCCCACCACAACGCCGAGCGCUGGAGGCUUUCCUCCGCCAGCACGCCGGACAUCACCCAGCGCCAACGGCGACGAAACUCCACCCCGGUGGACAAAAAAAAGAAAGAGAAGAAAGACAAGGAGAGGGAGAAUGAGAAAGAGAAGAACGCGCUCACAAUAGACAAAGUGCCGAAGAAGAGACAGACGACAUCACCCACCACCACCACCCAGAGAUCCAGGCCGGAGAUCAGGAUCAGCACCCCAAAGCCCAGAAACAGACCUCCUUCACCCGCCGCCCCCAAAAGUCGGCCCCUGUCCCCCUUGGUUCCGGCGGCGGCCUCCAAGACCCCGACGGGCAAGAAGACGCCUCCACCUGGCACCAAGACCCGGCCCAAGCGAGCCCGGACGCCCGCCAGGGUGCAGCCCCAGGCCGUCGCCGCGGUUGCCGUGGAAACGCGCCACGAUACCAAGCAGCCCGGUGCUCCAGAGGAGAAAAAGAACUCCAGCAGCGUUCCUGCCAUCGUGGUGUCCUCCGCGGCGGCUACUCCUCCCUCCCUCAGCCCAGCGGUCGGAUCCGAGGCGACUCCCGCUCCUCGCAGCGUAGAACCGGCCGCCUCGGCUUCUCCUCCCGUUCCAGCCGCCGCCGGUAACCCCGCCCCCACAGCGCCGUCCGGCAGGCCGUCAGCAGGCACCAACAACCCAGAGGAGGCGGCUCGCGUCCUGGCGGAGAAACGGCGGCAGGCCCGGGAGCAGCGGGACAGAGAGGAGCAAGAGCGUCUGGAGCAGGAGCGCAAGAACAAGAUCCUGCGGGAGGAGGCGAUGGCCCGGGAGGUAGAGGAGAGGAAGUGCAGGGAGGAGGAGGCCCGAUUCAUGGCUGAGCAGCAGCGCCUCAGGGACGAAGCCCAGCAAGCUCAGGAGGAGAAGGAGGCGCAGGAAAGAGCCACGGCCGAGCAGGAGGAGAACGAGAGGCUGCAGAAACAGAGGGAGGAAGCUGAAGCCAAAGCUCGCGAGGAGGCCGAGCGUCAGCGCCUGGAGAGGGAGAAACACUUCCAGAAAGAGGAGCAGGAGCGGCUGGAGAGGAAGAAGCGCCUUGAGGAGAUCAUGAAGAGGACUCGGAAGAGCGACGCUGGAGAAAAGAAGGACGUUAAAGCUUCUCCGCAGGUCAACGGCAAGGACACAGAGCUCAGCAAGGCAGCAGCCGGAAGCGUGCAGAGUCCCGGUGCGGCAGCGUGCGGCCCUGUGGUGAACGGCGUCCAGCCCCCCGCUCACCAGAACGGCGUCUCGGCCAACGGGGAGGCCGCCGACUUCCAGGGGGUCGUCCAGCUGAACAGCAGCGGAGACGCCGCUGUGCCUCAGAGCGGGCUGGUCGGAGAGCCCAUCCUGCCGUUCGAGGGUGCAGAACCCUUCCUGAUGAAAACAGGCCCCAUGAAGCCUCAGCAUGUUGCAGAGGUCCUGUGAGUCCCCGCACAUCUCCAUGGAAACGCACGCCUUACGUCUCUGCUCCAGCUACGAGAUUCAUAACCCCACCGCAGCGGCUUAUGAAAAAUAUGUGUGCCAAAACAAACAAACAAUGAACUGUGCUGAAUACCCAUCAUGCAGUAUGUUGCAGGAGGACGAGUAGGAGCAGCUCUCAUCUGAAAUAUAUAAACGUGCAACAAGAAUUCUGUCUCCGCCGGGUGUCCUGGUGCAGCAUCUGUCAAGUUUUAUGGAAAUGUCACAUGCAGAUUUUAUGGUGCACCUUAAAAAUGAGAGUGUAACAAAUUUUAGGAAAUACAUCAUAUUUGACAAUGGUUGUUAUUAUUACCGUCUUUGCAAUAUUGUUAUUGUUAUCUUAAGUUGAACAGUUGUGUGUGGGUGUGUGUGUUUCUAUUGUUUUUGUCUUGAAUUGUUGAGUUAUUUAACAUGGGAGCGUUGUAAGGACCGGCCACAGACAGUGUAUGUAAAUGUAUAAUGAGCCUGGUGCCUAGGCCUCCUGUUACAGAGGAUUUGUGAAAUAAAGCUUUAUGAAAGGGA